AUGAAUUGUCCAGAGAAGAAGAAGUAUCAGACUGGUAGAGUACAGCAGCCGGGAAGAGUGUACACCACUUUUGCAGUAGGUGCCGAGGGAUCCGAGACUUUGAUCAGAGGAUUGAGAAUAGUAGUCUUGGGUUAUGACUUGAAGGUGCAUAAUGCCACUCAUGAAGCCAUUGUGACUAGGCUAGGAUAUCCACAAGACUCAUUUUGGGUUCAACAAUGUAAUUUCGUUCAUGAUUUGAUCUAUUUACCGAUGACUGGUCAUGACCUCAUCUUGCGAUUGGAUUGGUUGUCUAAGAAUCAUGUUUUGCUUGACUGUUAUGAGAAAUCAGUGUGUUUUAUGCCAAAAGGAUCGGAAGGGCCGAUUGUGGUAAAUAGCUAUUACUUGAACUUCAUGACAGUGAACUGUUCUAGAUGUGAAUGCCAGGGUAUUAUGCUGUUAACUGUGGGUGUUUUGGGUGAUGACCAAAGCUUAGAGAAAAUCCCGGUUGUUUGUGAAUUCCCUGAGGUGUUUUUGGAUGACAUUGAUGAAUUUUCACCUAAUCGAGAGGUUGAGUUCGCAAUUGAAUUGGUGCCUAGAGUGGAUCCAAUCUCGAGUGCUCCUUAUAGGAUGUCACCAUUAGAGAUGGCCAAGAUUAAGGCUCAGUUGAAAGAUUUGUUGGGUAGACACUUUAUUCGGCCGAGUGUUUCUCUGUGGGGAGCGCCAGUGCUACUGGCAAAGAAGAAGGACGGGAGCAUGCGCCUGUGUGUCAAUUAUCAGUAG